AUGGUCAUCGCCCAAUGCUACCAGAUGGGUCCAGCAACAAAGGUAGACCCCCUGGCGAUGAUCGCGGAUGCGAAACGCCUGGCAAACCCAAGCCAAUUAGUUGGCAGCCCACCUCCGCCAGUCUACUCUAUGGGAUCGUACGGGCAAAUGGCACCGCCACCCCCUACAGCUAGUUCUGCUAGCAGCAGCAGUACUCCUGCCUCAGGCCCUGUCAUAACGAACGCUGGAUCAUUUAUCAUGCCUCUUGCUGGCCAUGCCAUGCCACCGCCGGCUGCACCGCCUCAAUCCUACUAUCCUGCUAUGUAUGCAACCGCAGCCGGAGGCUAUCCCCGAGCGCCCUACUACCCAUACGCUCCCCAACCGGCCGCAUCAUACUAUCCACCUCCCUCACAGCCUGUCACUACUCCGGUGCAAAGCUCGCCUCCACCAGCCGCUUCCACUACCGGUACCAUUUCAACAUUCAAUGCCGCAACUGGUACCGCAGCACCAGGAGGGCAGCAGGGCACCUGGUCCGAGGAAGAGACGGAUCGAUUACGCAAGUUAGCGGAGCAGAGCCGUGAGAUGGGUGGCCCGCAAAACAAGGGUGAGAUUGAGUGGGACUGGGUGGUAUCCCAGUGGGGCAACAGUAGGACUAGGCACCAGAUCCUGCUGAAAGCUACAUCAAUGGGCCUCAAGGAGAGUACAACACGCGGCACAAAGCGUCGUCGUGAAACAGAUGCGUCUGCCAAUGAGAACGAGCAAACACCCACGCCUACAGCCCAAUCGAGUCAAGUCACUACUGCUGCAGCUACAAGUACUCCUAGUACUGCGCAGACUCAGGCGACGACACAUACUCAUGCACAGACUACACAUGCCCCUGCCGCCCCGGUCAACACAACUGCGCAGUCAGCCACCACUAGCGCGUCCCCCGCCUUAGCUCCGCAACGCCCGCCAUCGUCAUCCACCUCUCAGACGAUUGCUCCCGCCCGCACCGCGCCAACGUCGUCACCUGCGAUGGCAAACGCCCGACCCUGGCCCAUGCCUACUGUCGCGGCGAACACGCCUUCCCCCGUGCUUGCCAGCGCCCAGACCGACCGCAACAACUACUACAGGCCACCACCAACGCAGACACCAUCAUACGGGACCACGGGGACCACGCCGUAUGGAACGAACACAAGUGCGGCGAACACAGCCUCUUACGUGAUGUUGGUGUACCCGGUGGCUGGCUGUAUUGUUGUAGGCUCCGAGCGAACCGGUCUGCACUCGAAAAACAUGGCCCACAUGUACGCUCCUCUUGCUAUCGAAGACGAUGACAUGCGGCAUGCUCACCGCCGGUACGCGUACAGCGCCUCCAGCGUCGCGACGUCCGUCUCGGGGAACGGCGGCGGCGGCGGCGGCGGCCAGUUCGCCUCGUCGAGCGGACAGUCCAUGAACCAAUCCCCAAGCGCGGAGGCCGUGCAGACCUCGGGCAGCAGCUCCUAUGCGUCUCAAUCGCCGGUGGCAUACACGACCCCGCACAUCUACCCCAACAACGCCGUUCCGUACGUGAGCAGCUCGCUCCCGAGUCCGAGCAUCCUCCCGCCGUCAAACUCGAUCUACCCGUCCGUGCCCAGCGCGAGCUCGCACACGCCCCACGAUGGACCGCAAGAGUCGCCGAGCACGUCGCCGUCGCAUAGUGCGGGUAAGCGCAAGCAGCUGGACGACGGCGGCGCGUCUGCUCAGUCGGCAGCCAGCACGAGCAGAAAGCGGCGGAUCCUGCCUGCGCAUGAGAGGGACGAGUCGGAGGUGGGCCCCAACGGCGGGCCGAAGCACUGGACGGAUGCGGAGAAGAACAGCUUGUUCCAGUGGCUGCUGGUGCACGACAAGCAUUGGGACAUGUUCAGGACGAAGAUGAAUACGGUGUUCCGUGAAGUAUGUCGUACCGGACCUCGUCAGGCUUACCCGCUGACCAGCGCACAGGCAUCCGAACAGAUCUUCGGCGGACGCAAGUCCUUCACGGCGCUGAAGAGCUGCUACCAUCGCAAUGUGGAGACAUUCAAGCAGAUCUUUGCAUUCGAGACAUACCUCACGCGCACGCUGAGCGACAGCGACAACGAGGCGAUCCGGAUGAUGUCGAACCACGGCGAUCCGACGAUUGCGCGACAGGCGUAUCUCGAGCAGAAGCUGGAGGACGCGCGCAACCAGAGCGUGCCUGUUGGUAACCUGAAUGUGAAGGUCAUCGACCACUGGCAUCUGAAUGGAUGGUACGGUCUGUUUAAGCGAAGAUUUCGAGAAGAUCCCCGGACAGGACAGCCUGUGCCGUUCUACGGACCCGGUAGUAUGUCGUUCCCGAACGGACCAGCCCCUGCCGUCGACCCACAAUUGGUACACGGUGCUCGCGAAGAGGAGGAGGAGGAGGAGGAAGAAGAGGACGUCGAGGAGCCCGAGCACGAAACCAUCCCGCCUCCGCCACACCCUCCCAUUGCUGGACCCAGCACUAGCUUCACCGACGCGCUGCAUGAUAAUAAUGUGCCACCAACCGCGACGCCCCUGCGUGGAAGGCCAUCAUCACAGUCGUAUUCCGCCCGCAAGGGUUCAUCCUCAACGACCCAAAUCCCCGCGUCUACGGCUUGGACAGAGUCCCGCGGGCAGACAUCGACGGUACAGGCUCUCGAUCGGCUAACGGCUGUCACGCAGGCCCUCGUAGAGCAGUGCUCGACGCUGACGGAGCUGCUCCGUGCAGAGCAGGAGGAGCGGCGCGAGCGAGCUGCCGCUAUGCAACGGCGUAACCCGGAAGACGGCAUGAACAGGAAAGAGAAGGCGGCGUUGGCUACGGAGAUGUUGGCAAACGCGGACGUUGGCGAAGAGUCUGUCGGCUGUCUUCUCCGAAGUGCAUUCAGCACCAAUCGCGGUUGUGCUGCUCGGAGAGGCAGCGUUAUCGGCGGCGGCGUCGAGGUCAGCGAGUGCAACGUACGCCUGGGCGACACGCCAGUCGCGCUCUUUGGUGAGAUUCUGGAGGCGCUGCUGGGCACGCUCGCGGGCGCGUCUGGCAGAGUGCUCGGCGUCUUCAGACGUACUAGUACUGGCGAGUUCGGCGCCGCGCGCGGUUGGAGGCAGGAUAAGGAAUGUACGGGCCCUGAAGAAGCGGUAGGCUCUACGGACUCUACGUUGGCCUUGUCCUCGCAGAAAGGCUCAGAAAUAUCCUCUGUGCUGCCAGCGACAGGGAAUGAUUGCAGAGAGUGCGGAUCUGUAUAUGCGGGCGGCGGGGUAUCUGGUGCAGGCGAGUCAGACGCUGUGCUGCCCUCGCCGUCCUCGAUAUCAUCUGGUUCAUCAUCAUCAUCCUCAAGCACGAAGACAUCUCCGCCCCGCACAGCGCCGUCAAUGUUCACCUGCUGCUUCAUUCCUGGCCUGAACGUAGCCGAAUACGAGCGAGGGGACACAGCCUCCGCACCGGCCAAGCAGUGCAAACAUGGAUUGUAA